AUGAACAUCGAUACACCCGAGCUGCUCAUCAGAGAGAAAAAAGCUCAGAAACCCCGAGAAAACUUAGAAACAAUUGAACUUAAAGAGGGAUCUGAGAUGUAUGUAAAGCUGGGGGUAGAUUGGCCAGACGAGCACCGGGAAGCUAUCAUAGCUCGGAUAAAACAGUACGUGGAAGAGUUUUCCAACAGGCCAGAGGAUAUUGGGGGGGUAGACCCUAAUAUCAUCUCACACAAGUUAAACGUGGAUGCAAAAUGUAAGCCUGUCAAGCAAAAGAAAAGAACUUUCUCUCUAGAGAAACAAAUUGCUAUCCGAGAUGAAGUAGAGAAGCUCUUGAAAGCCGGGUUCAUCAGGAAGGUAGACUACCCUGAAUGGCUGGCUAACGUAGUCUUGAUCAAGAAGUCCAACGGUAGAUGGAGGCUUUUCGUGAAAUCUAGAGGAAUCGAGGAACAUGCAGCGGAUCUGGCAGAAACUUUUGAAAAGCUGAAAGGUUUUAACCUUAAGCUGAACCCGGAAAAGUGCGUUUUCGCAGUACGCUCGGGGAAAUUUCUAGGGCAUCUCAUCUCGGAGAAAGGCAUUGAGGCCAACCCGGAGAAAAUCGAGGCAGUAAUGAGCAUGAAAGCACCCAGCUCGGUGAAAGAGAAUUUCAAGUGGACAGAGGAGUGUAACGCAGCUUUUGAAGAGCUGAAGGUUUACCUCAGCACACCCCCGGUGCUGGGUAGACCUGAGCCUGGGGAAAUCUUAUACUUGUAUCUCUCGGUGAAUGACGAGACAGCAGCGGCAGUCCUGGUGAAGGAGGACAAGGGUCUGCAAACCCCGGUUUAUUAUCUCAGCAGGGUCUUGAAAGGCCCGGAGGUAGCGGCGGAAAAACUAAGGAGAUAUUUCGAGGCUCACAUCAUUGUAGUACGUACGAACCAACCUCUGAGAAAGGCGCUGCAGAGGCCAGAGAUGUCCGGACGGCUGGUCAGCUGGUCGGUCCAGUUAGGAGGAUAUGACAUCCGGUACGAACCAAGACCGGCUCUGAAAGCACAAGUACUGGCAGAUUUCAUAGCUGAGACCACUGCAAGCGACCAACCUGAAGAACCUGACGAACAACUCCUACGGUGGGUAUUAGAAGUCGACGGAGCAUCAAAUCUAGAAGGAUCCGGGGCAGGCGUAGUCUUGAAAGGCCCCCACGGAGUCACACUCCGGAGCUCGGUAAAAUUUGAUUUCCCGGCAUCCAACAAUGCCGCGGAAUAUGAGGCUCUGUUGAUCGGACUGAGAAUGGAGCUCGGAGGAAAAUGGGUAAUAGAGCAAGUUCCUCGUUUGGAAAAUCAAGAGGCCGAUGUUUUGGCCAAAGCAGCAACAGUGAACGAAAAGAUACCAGGAGUCCAUUUCUCUGUUCAAGAGCAUUCCAGUAUUGACAACUAUGAAACCAUUUUUCUAACUCAGCCUUUGGAAAACUGGAUGCAAGGUAUAGCCCACUACCUGAUGGAUGGAACUCUGCCAGAAAACAGAGAUAAAGCCUACAAAAUCUUGCGACAAGCUCCGUACUACGCGUUCCUCGACGGAGUCUUGUACAGAAAGUCAUUCACCCACCCGUGGUCGAGAUGCUUGACAGCGGAGGAAGGAGAGUAUGUGUUGAGAGAGAUACAUGAGGGUAUUUGCGGAGCACACAUAGCUCCUCGCAUGUUGGCCAAGAAAGCAGUGUUGCAGGGCUACUACUGGCCCCUGAUGGUUAAGCAAGCAGAGGAGAUAGUAAAGAAGUGUGAGAACUGCCAGAGACACCAGAAUAUCCGACAUGCUCCAACUACAGAGCAGUGUCCUAUUACAAAGGCAGUGAGCACCAUCACGGAAGCUCGGAUUCGAGAUUUCUUCUGGAGACAAAUUGUGUGUCGUUUCGGUAUACCCAGAGCGUUGGUAACUGAUAACGGAAAGCAGUUCAACUGCCGAGCCUUCAAGGAAUUUUGCAACGACUUGCACAUUGACCUGCGCUUCACGUCAGUAGUUCACCCGCAGAGCAAUGGGAUGACCGAGGUGACCAACCGAACGAUCCUGAAAGGGCUCAAGGCCAGGCUAGGGGAGUUCGAUAGACAGUGGCUGGAAGAGCUACCGAAGGUUACCCACACCAAGCAACUUGACCAAGCUCGAUCCACGAACAGGCAAGAACCUACCCUAGCAUUUUCUAUCCCAAGUCUGAGUCAAGAGCCCAUACAUAAAAACAACAUAGACACUGGAAAAUUUGCACUACUGGAACUAGCUCGGAAACUAAGCUAA